GGAGCUUAGAGCUAUGGUAGUUGAAGUUGACCAAAUGUUACCACGGUUGAAGACUGUUUAGUGUCGCUCUGUGUUUUUAUAUGCUGUAUAUACCGCGUGUCUUGUGUUUGUUUUUGUUGCGAUAUGAAUUGUGUUUUAAUUAUCUGUCUGUGCAGUGUCCUUUAUUUUUCAGAAUUGAAAGAGGAAAUAUGUCUAAAGACGCUAUAAGUAGUUAAAUGGCUGCGGUCUUAUUGUGCGUAAUGAAUAACGUAGCAUUAAUCUGUGUGAUGCAGCAACUAAUUGAAUUUUGAAGUAAACAGUGGGGUUUCAUGGUGAAACAUUUGGUGUAAUAAAUGUCAUACGAAAAAAUGCAUCUUAUUACGUUCAUAAAUGGAAAUAUGUGUUACGCGGUUUUGUUCAAUGUGGUGACCUAACCUAACAUUUCGAGGUCGUUGAAUUAAAUAAAUUUAAAGGCUGACAUUAUAACUGUAUAAUACAUAAUCAAGCAGGGAAUGUGUAUAGGAUCGAACGUUGAUAGUUUACCCCAGACAGCCUCACAAAAGGAAACAUUUCGUUUGUACCUUUAAAGAGGGUUGGGAGGACCUCAGAUUGCUGGAGACUUCAUGUUGGAAUGUUAAACGCAGAACCAACAAAGACAAGUGAAGAUUUGCGUUUGUGUUAAAUGUAGGCCACAAUUGGCAAUGUGCAUGAACAGUUACUUCUAAUUUUUUAUGAACGACAGGUCACGUUAGAUACAAAAUGACUGAAUCACGUGUAGAGCAGAUACAGUUUCACCGUCCUAGAUUGAAGCAUUUUAUCACGGAGGUGCAGAAACAAGGAAACAUCAUGACAUUGAAUGAACUGUAUGUAUGUGACCAGAAACAGAGGAAUGAAAUUAUUUUGGGAGUGGUAUACCAUGUGUCAGAUGUGAUUAAAAAGAGUGAUAGGCAGCUGUUAGUAGUAUAUCUGCGUGAAGUUACUGUCAACUGCCGUAAAGGGAAAUUUUUCAGUCUAUAUGCAUUCAACGAAUUUGCCACAUCACUCGCAGAUGCUCGUUUGCGGAAAGGUGAUUUUGCUGCCUUCCGUUCAGCAUAUGUAGAGGAGAACACAAGGUAUCGCAUUGAAAAGGGCUGCCAUGACUUGCAGGCACGCAUUGGCAUUCCUCCACGCACAGGAGCAAAGAUUUUCUUCGUAAGAAAGUCGCAGAUUACCAAUUGUGAUACUUCUCAGAAUGUAUCAGCAACAAAAUGUCUGUCUCCAGUUGUCUCCCUGGAAAGACAUCCAUCUCUAGGCAGCUUGAAUAGAGAACCAACCACUAUCAGCUUGAAUAGAAACCCUUCUUCAAGUGUCACUGAAACUUCAUGUCAUUCAACUAGGAUUUCACCAGUGUCUUGGAUCCCAGAUAGUGUUUCACCAAAUCAUAAUACCUCAAAUAGAGUUUUAUCAGCUCAGCAUCACUUACGUACUUGUUCUCCAGUUCAUAAUGCCUCAUCCAGAAUUUCUCCAAGUACAUCCCCAUGCAGAGUUCAACAAAUUCAGAGUACCUCUGGUGGGAAUAGAGUGACUUUGCAGAACACACAAACAGUGUAUACAUACAAAAGAAUUUCAGAAUUGGUUGAACCGGAGAAGAAAGUUAAUAUAUAUGGAGUCAUCUCCAGCAUUACAAAGAUGCCUACUGAAUCCAGAAAGCAUGCAAUUGUCAGGGUAAGAGAUGAGACUUCUGGACCUGCGGUGGAGUUUCGGGUACAUAUUUUCUUCAAACAUGAAUUUGUUUUCCCCAAAUUAGAACAUGGUUACAUUCUUAGGCUUCACAGAAUGAAGACAGAAAUGUAUGAAGGUGUGUUGGAUGGUCGUGUGUUCCGUGCAUCAGAUAUUGUGACCUUUCCACCAGAAGGUGAAGGGAUAGCAAAUUCAUUUACAGUAGCUGGUAGUUUUCAUUUUUCUGAUUCGGAUGCAAGACGUUUGACUGAGCUUCGCAAAUGGAUUGCUUCACAACAUAAGCAGCCACCAACACUUGCCUGUCCUCCAUCUGUUAGCCCCCCAGAAGCUGUCUCACCUCGAUCUUCUACUUCAGCAUUACCCCAAACAACAGUAAUGACUCAGAGGCACCAGCCCGUCAGCCCUUCACCUUCCAAAACAAAGGUGGCUGACUGUCAAUCUCUUGUGAGUUCAGAACCAACUGGAACUAUGCUGAGUGAAGUCAAGAAAGAAGGAAAUUAUGUUUUGCUUUGCAAGGUACUCAGAGUUGACAUUCUGUCUGAAGAGAUGCGCAUUCUCACUGUGACAGAUGGCACCUUGUGUACUUACUCUUUACAUUUCAAUCAAAACAAUGGGUCACAGGAAGAGAAGCAUUCAACAUAUGAAGUGAGAAUUAUUAUCUUGGAGCCUUCUCUAGUGCUAACAAAAAUUAAGAAAGGCGCUUUGGUAAAGCUGAGAAAUGUGAAAGUGCAAGUGGCCCUUGUUCCUUUUUCACAAUUUAAAGGACCUAUAUUAAGCUUCAAGAUGAUUGGGAAUGAUUGUUCUGUUGAGAUUUUCAAGGGAAUUGAGCCAGAAGCAGUGAAACUUAAAAGACAGUUACAGGACAUGCGAAUGAAACAGCAGCUGCCCCCCGAUAAUCCUUUUGAUUUACUGGCCGCAGAACCAGUGACUGUGACACAACAACCAGGAUGUUGUGCUUCUUCAUCAUCAUCAUCAUCUGCUUCUAAUACUUUUCUAACAAAUAUAAAGUAUGACACAAUAAAGUACUGUGGCAAAGAAAUCAAAAGCAUAAGUUCCAAUCAAACUAAAGAAAAUGAAAGAUCUAUAUCUAGAACAGUAACCGGUGCAUCACGGAAGAGAUCUCUGUCACAUGAAGCCGAAGGAUCUGAAAGGGGACACAAAUUGCAGGAACUAACAAAUAUGGCUUUGGGUUCACAUAAAACAAUGGAUGUUGACAUUACCGGCACACAGUCUAAUGAUAAAGUGUCUUCACAAAUAGAAGCCAUCACUAAUAAUUCAGAUCAUGUUGAAUUGCUAGUAAGUGAUAAACAAGCAUGUUCUGAUAGUAUAUCAGAGAGUACUGAAAUUCAAAGACAGAACAGUUCAAAACAAAUGAGUUCACAUUCAAAUAAUUUAGAGCAGACAAGUUCCAGAACUGCUCCUGUAAUGUAUGAACACGAUAAAAAUUGUGCAGUGUCACGUAAGGAAGUUGGUGAACAAGAAAGCAAGUCUGUGUUACCACCACCUGGAAAGAAACCAAAUACAUCUGAACAUUCUGUACGCAGAGAGAAACAUAAUACAUCCAUAUCCUCAUUCUCCUCAACAUCAUCAAAAGACCAAUACAAAUCAGCUGUUUCAUCACCCGUUCGGCAAGAUUGUAAACCAACGCAUGAAUCAGGAUUGGUACCAGGAAAGGAGCAUGGGUCCACAAUAGUUACCUCAAGUGAGACAGAAGAAAAUAGGAAUCUGCCUUCGACUAGUGGACAGAAGACUUCUGAACAUCAGGCAGAAGAUUUGGUUAAGUCACUGCAUAAAUUGCAACGUAAUGGAACAAGUGGCAUGUCAGUGGCAGCACAGAAAUUGCAAAGGAGUAUAACAUUUCCUCUGUCACCAAGCAAGAAUACAAGUAUUUGUUCUAAAAGACAUUUAUCAGUAUGGCUAGAUGACCUGGGAAAAUUAGUGACAGAAAGACAUUGUAUGUCAGGGAAAGCACAUGAUAUAUUAGAACGUCAUUCGAGUCAGGAGGGUCAGGAAGUUAAUCAGACAUCUUGUAAUAUUGACAGCAGCCUCAUUCGCUAUGGGUUUCAGUCAUCAGAUGAUACAAUGGACCAUGCAAUGAGGAAUCUGUCAAAUGCAGUUAUGCAUAAUAAUUUGAGUGUGGAACCCACAAAUCCUGUUCCCUCUCUUGUAAUUUUGGACAUUUCACAUGGGUUAGCAGUUGACAGUGCUUCACUACAUCAUCCUAGCGUUUCUUCCAGCAUGCUAUCAGCACAAAACAAAGAUACAGGUGAAGAAGUUGCAACUAGUAAGGAUAGAUCUUCCGUUGUUAAUGAAUCUCUUGAUGUGAGAAAUAAAUCACUGUUAAAAAUAUUGCCUGUGGAAGUUACGAGGAGUGAUGGUAAUGGUAAUGGUAAUGUAAUGCAGCAUCCUAACCAGGAAUGCAGUCACUUAAAUUCUGAGGACCAUUCACAGGUUGCAGAAAAUCCAGCCCUUUCUUCAGUAGAGGAUGACUCUCAGCAGUUGGAUUUGACUACAGGUUUGUUUACAUAUAACAGCCAUCCACUUGCGCAAAACCUUAUAUCCAAUGGUCAGUCAAAACUUCAGGUUGAAGAUGAGCAGCAUCGACCAUCCCUUAAUAAUGGCCGACAACUUAGUGAAGAUGAACAGUGCCUGCCAUCCUUGAUGUCAGUUGCUGAAGAGGAUGAAGUUCAUUGUCAGUCACCACAGAAAUCGGUGCUAGAGCAGAGUAUUGCUAAUGUGCAACUAGUUCCUGUUUCGGAAACAAAUUCUGUAUUCACUGUCCACAUGAAGCAAAAGGAACAAGAUACAGAGCAUUCUGGAGUGUCUGAACAGAGCAUGCAACAGGAUUUGUUAGCAGAAAACACACCUCAUGAAGAUAAUGAUUGUCAGAUGAAUGGAGAUGAAACUUAUGCCCAGUUUUCUGAUGCUAUUGCUGCAAGAAACAGUUUUCAGCAAUGCACUAGCACACAGUCCAGUGGCAACCAGAACAAGAACCCUGUUCUUAUUGCGGGGUGUUCAGGAGAUGAUGAAAUGAGUGAUGGUAGAUCUGUAGCUUCAGAGAAAGUUCCUUCAAGUGAAGUGGAUGAUCUAGAUUCUACUAAUAAAUUCUCUGCGCUCACACAAGCGUGUUUGACAGACAGUCAACUGUCAAAUAACCACAUAGCUGGAACUUUGGUUUUUACUGAAGAUUCUAGUUCUGAUGCCUUGUCUGCAGAUAUUGACAGUAACACUUCAUUGUCUGGAGCAGUACAAAGGCAUCGUGUAUCUGAGAACAGUAAAAGCAUAGUAGCAGCAGAUGCUGACUGCAAUGAGCAAGAUGAUGGAAAUUGUAGUGUCAUAAUUGGUAAAUGCAUGAGUGAAGAAGAACAUAUGGAACUGUCUUCCCCCGAAUUGGAUGAUAGCGCUGUUGUAUACAGAGAGAUGUUUGCUUCAGGAAUUACUGCAGUAUCAGGAAUGGUUCCAGCAAAUAUUUCCUAUAUCAAAAGAAAGAGGACAAACGAAAAAGAAGUGUAUUUGCUGAAGGCAUGGGUGAAGGAUAUUGAACCUCCCAUUCAUAAUAGCCCAAAAAUGAAUAUCAUCAUGGGCCUUUGUAGUUACUGUAAUAACAUGCAGAGUUAUGAAGCACUGGUGGUAUCAGGAACAAAUGAUCCAAUGUGUGAAUACUGUUUCCAAGAAGGGAAGAAGAUGCCCGUUGAACUAGGAUUUCUGCUACGACUGUACCUAAUUGAUGAGAACGAUGAUGAACUCAUUGCGACAGUGUCUGCUCAUCAUGGUGUUGAACUGUUAGGUUGCACUGCUAAUGCUUAUCGCCAUGAUAAUAUGACACGUAGGAGGGUGAGACAGAUGCUGACUAAACUGAUAGAGAAGAACAAAAAUGGCCCUCUGCAGAACCGGGGUCCAUUGCUCAAGCUUUUGAUUGUACCUGUAUGCACCUCAGUAGGCAUAGAAUACAUAGUACAUAACACAUACCUGUUAAGCUGCUAGAAUUCAGAAAAACAGAGGAAGUGUCACGAAAUUAUGGUAUGCUUAUAGACUUAUUGGUGUGAAAGCAGAACUACUGAAUUUGAACUGUCACCCACUCACUAGUUUGAGGAAGGUUUUGUCCAGUUUUUAUGACAUAACAGUUCCAUCUAUUAUUAAGAGCAUAUUAUAUAUACAUAUGCAGUUUUUGACCCUAAUUUCUAAAGAAAAGAUAAUGCUAUGACAUUGUAUAAUAAAAUUUUAUGACAGAAGGUUAUCAUCAUCAUUGGCAAAACAGCCCUUUUUAAGCCUUACCCUUCCUUGAAGAUUCUGCCAGACUUGUCUAUUCUGUCAUGAAGUAGACCAUCUGGUUUUCACUUCUUUGGAUUUCACAACAGUAAUGUCUUUACAGGCAAGGUCAUCAGCCUUGCAUCCAACCCCCAAACUGGAGGACCAGGUCACUGUAUUUAUGUCCCUCAGUGACAGGGUGGCUCAGUUAUACCCCCCAGGCACUGUGUUCCCUUUUCAUCGCCUGCUAUGACCCACAUGACUACAGUGGACGUAGCCUAACCCCCCUUAACAUAAUUGUGCUGAAACAACAUUUUUCAUGAUGAAAAUGAAGGGGUCGAUUUAGGUUCCCAAAAUAUCAGUGAACAUCCAGGGAACAGCCUUAUCUUGAGUCACGCAGUUUAAUAAGAAGUUGUUUUCUUAAUGUAAUAUGCUUAAAAUGAUUUAUAUAUUUCUUCUGUAGUGACAUAAGAAGUAUGAUCUGUUAUUCUGUAAUUAUACAUAUAUCAUUUCUGAGAAAUAUAACUGGGUAGUAUUUUAAGUAAGAUGUAAAAGUUUGUGAUGAUGGUAUAUUAAUAGAAUGAUGAAUUUUAUGGACAUUGGCUGGAGGCAAGACUAGCUCUCUUGAUUGGGUCCAACACAGUAGGCUUUUUACCUGAGGAAGGAGACAAAGAGUCCAGUCGCUAAAACAUCAUCUCAAAUAGAAAUCAUGACAAUGGAUAAUGUCCAGAAAACUGAUCAUUCUAUUAGUACUUUCAGUGUUCAUGUCUGUUGUGUUCUAGUCAUUUGGUCUACUUGUGCAGAUGUCUUGUCUUAUACAUCUACAAAGUAAGAAGUGCUAUUUUGCUCCCACUAU